AUGCAUGACUAUUCUUUCAACAUCCCAAAUGCCCAAGAACGUUCUGUUCUGGCUGGAGAACCGAACCUUGAGGCGGGAGAAGGCCUCGAGGUGCAAGAUGAAGGCCUCGAGGCAGAAGAAUCAGGCCUCGAGGCAGGAGAAUUCAACCUUGAGGCUGGUGAAGCAGACAUUGAGGCUGGAAAUUGGGACAUUGAGGCUGGAGAUCAGGACAUUGAGGCUGCAAACUCAAAUAUUCCACCGACUCCGGUCCUAAAUCCUAAAGAGACCUACCGAGAUUAUCACUUGGAGCUCAAUGGAAAAAUCUGUGAUCAGUUCCUUGACCCAGAUACUCUGCCACCUCCAUUCACAACAAGAGAACAUGGUGACUGGACGCCAUUCCAUGAUCGCACAGAGUUCAAAACCGCGGAAUUUUUAUAUACUCAAAAUCAAAUGUCCGGCGGUGAUAUCGACAAGCUUAUGUACCUAUGGGAAAGAACCCUUGCGCAUCAUGGAGACAUCCCACCAUUUGCCGAUCACAAAGACCUAUAUUCGACCAUCGACGCAAUACCCCUUGGAGAAGAUGAAAUGGAGUACAUGCCUUAUCAUGAGUGGAAGGGAGAGGGAGAUGACGCAAAACAGCAGUGGCGCAAUGUGAUGUCAGGAGACUGGGCAUGGAAUCAAGCUGAUGAAAUAGCCAAAGAUCCGGCAAUGCAUGGCUCGACCUUUGUGCCCAUUCUUCUUGGAAGCGACAAGACAACGGUCUCAGUUGCAACCGGGCAAAAUGACUAUUAUCCCCUCUAUGCCUCAAUUGGCAAUGUAUACAAUAGUGUUCGGUGUGCUCAUCGUAAUGCUGUCACUGUCGUUGGCUUUUUAGCCAUACCAAAAACUGUAAAAAAAUAUUCCGAUGAUGCGCAUUUUAGAAAAUUUAAGAAACACUUGUUUCAUUCAUCUCUCUCACAAAUACUGCGCUCUUUCAAGACCUUCAUGACUGUUCCUGAGGUCAUGCGCUUUGGGGAUGGUCACUUUCGACGUGUCAUCUAUGGCUUAGGACCAUACAUCGCGGAUUAUCCAGAACAGGUUGUACUUUCUUGUAUCGUGUCAAAUUGGUGUGCUAAAUGUCUUGCUUUUCCAACAGAUCUAGAUGGCAAAGAUGCCCAACUUCGUGCUCGAGUAGUCACAGACAUCCUGUGUGAUAAUGUUGACUUCAAUACUCUGUGGUGUCAGUGGGGUGUUGAUGCUGACGUCGUGCCAUUUACGAAUGAUUAUCCAUGUGCCGACAUCCACGAACUUCUGUCCCCCAAUAUCCUGCAUCAACUUAUCAAAGGUACCUUCAAAGACCACCUUGUCACCUUGGUUGAGAAGUACUUGGAACACAUACAUGGAAAGACUCACGCCAAGGUGGUGAUGGAUGACAUAGACAGAAGAAUCGCUGCAGUGCCAUCAUUCACAGGCCUUCACUGGUUUCCUCAAGGCCGUUGUUUUACUCAAUGGACUGGUAACAAUUUGAAGGCCUUGAUGAAGGUCUAUUUACCUGUGAUUGAGGGGCACGUGCCUGAUGAUGUUGUCCAGUGUUUUCGUGCCUUCCUUGAAUUUUGCUACCUUAGGACACUCAAGGAAAUCGAGGAGGCCCUUGACCGGUUUCAUCAUUAUCGCAAGAUUUUUCAAGAGACCGGCAUUCAUUUUGAUGGAUUCUCAUUACCAUGUCAGCAUUCCCUGGUGCACUAUGUUACACUUAUCCACAUGUUCAGUGUGCCAAAUGGUGUGUGUUCAUCCAUUACAGAGUCAAAACACAUCAAGGCCGUGAAAGAACCAUGGCGACGAUCGAGCAAAUUCAAUGCACUUGGACAGAUGUUGCUCACAAACCAGCGCCUUGAUAAACUCGCUGCUGCACGUACCAACUUCAUAGCACGUGGAAUGUUAGGUCCACAUCCUGAACUCGACGUAUCAAACUUGCCUCAACUGGUCCACCUUUUUCUCUAUGACCAACUCCUCGCAGACAACGAUCAUACAUCUUAUACUGUCCCACUCAGUGCUUGCCCCAGAUUUGAAGGCCGCAUCAAGGUUUUUGGCUCAGCAGCAGCUACUUUCUUUGCACCAAGUGAUCCAAGCAGUAUUGGGGGAAUGCUACACGAACAUAUCUGUUCCAUCCCUUCGUGGUGUGGAGGGCCAGGACGCUAUGAUACCAUAUUUGUGAACACCCAAAGCGAGGGUGGAAUACAUGGUAUGGAGGUUGCCCAUGUGUUAUGUUUCUUUUCCUUUCAUCACGGUUAUGGCCAUGAUUUGAAGACUUUUCCAUGCGCUCUGGUACACUGGUUUAAGCUGGUCUUUGACGAGCCUGAUCCUGGAAAUGGAAUGUGGAUGGUCAAGCCAUCAUUUCUCGACUCGGAGCUGGACACUCGGGAGCUCUCAAUCAUUCAUAUUGACACGAUCGUUCGUGCAGCUCACUUGCUGCCCAUCUUUGGCAAUGAAUUUGUCCCAGAGAAAGCUACAUUCCACGAGACUCUAGAUAUUUACUGUGUGUUCUAUGUUAACAAAUUCGCAGAUCAUCAUUCCUUCGAAAUAGCAUCUUGA